CCUGUCUCCAGGGAACUCGAAGUCAAACGUGGACUUUCAAUGGCUGUCUGCCUCCCCAAGCAAUCAAGGAUUGACACAGAUCGGAAACGGGGGACGCUGAGAGCCUGGGUGGGCCACCAAUUGCUCAGAGUGCGGGAUGGAUAUCAAUAGCUGAAAGGCUCUGAUUCACCACGUUACGAGAGAACAAACGGGCAGUGUAUGUGGAGAUAAGGUCUGUUGGGACUACGCCAGAUCGGGCUCGCAGAUCUGGACAGGCAGGCGUCCUCCCUUGCCAGAAAUAAAACUGACCAAGGAGUAACGAGGUGAAGCAAAUCACCUUCUUUCCCCCCGAACAUGCUCGACAUCCUCCCUUCGACGAUGUCUUCUAACCUGACGCUCUUUUCUGUGGUGGUCUUCGGACCACUGUCUCUCCUUACUGCAUUUCUUUUCUUCGUCAUCAACCUCAAGGCUCGCAAGGAGCACGCGCUCGUCCCCGGAUCCCUGCCCUGGGUCGGCAAGACCAACGAGAUAUUCUCGGCUGUUCGCAGCAAUUGGCGGGGCUUGGUCGACUCUGUCACGCUCUUCCGGACCGGGUAUCGCAAGCACUCCAAGCAGAACGAGAUCUACGUCGUCCCGACAUGGACAAAGGGUCCACAGGUCAUCCUGCCCCCGUCCAUGGGCGGCUGGCUGGCCUCGCGUCCCGAUGCGAUCUUGAAUGCCAAGGACUGCACCUUUGAAACCGCCCAGUUCAAGUACACCGUCGGACACCCAGAGAUCACAUCGAACGACAUGAUCGACCUCCUCAUCAAAGGCCCGCUCACGAAGACGAUCGGGGCGCUCAACCCGGAGCUGGUCGAGGAGAUCGAGGGCUCGAUGGAGACUCUGUUUGGCGUCGACGGCGAGUGGAGGGAGCUGGGCGUGUUCGACAGCCUGACCCGCACCGUGGGCCGAGUCGCGAACCGUGUCUUUGUCGGCAAGGAGCUUUGCAAGAACAUGGAGUUCGUGAUGGCCGGAACAGACUUUGCGCGCGACAUCUCGGUCAGCAGCUACAUCCUCCACAUGUUCCCAAAGUUCUUGAAGCCUUUGGUUGCCAAGUUCGCUACCAUUCCCAAUCGCCGCCACUCUGGAAUCGCGAUGAAAUAUCUGCAGCCGCUGAUCAAAGAGCGAGUCGAGAACAUGAAGCGCAAAGCGGAGGACCCCGAAUAUGACUGGGAAGAGCCGAACGACUUUAUCACAUGGAUGGUCCGCGAAUCCCUCAAACGCACCACCGAAGACGAAACUUCCGUCUAUUCGCUCUCCUACCGGAUAGUCCUGCUCAACUUUGCUGCGAUCACAACCACGACGAUCAUGUCCACGAACGCCCUGCUCGACAUCUGGAGCGCCCCCAACGCGGACGAGAUCGUCGCAUCGCUGCGCGAGGAGGCGCAGCGCGUCCUCAACGAACACAACGGCGAAUGGACCAAGGCCGCCGUCGCCAAGCUCGUGCGGCUCGACAGCGCCAUCCGCGAGAGCUCGCGCCUGUCGGGCGUGGGCGGGACGGCGAUGGCGCGGCGCGUGCGCGCGGAGAACGGCAUCACGCUGCCGAACGGGCUCGUCCUCCCGAAGAACGCGACGGUCGGGAUCGCGAUGGACGGGCUGCACUUUGACGAGGCGUACUACGAGCGCGUGCACGAGUUCGAUCCGUUCCGGUUCUCCCGUGCGAAGGAGCAGGCACAGGGCGCGGAGAAGCCGCGGGUGAACGAGGAUCUCGUCACCACCUCUGUGCACUGGCUGCCCUUCUCGCACGGCAUCCACGCGUGCCCCGGCCGCUUCUUUGCGGCGAACAACAUCAAGCUCAUCCUCGCGCACAUCCUCCUGCACUACGAGAUCGAGCCGUUUGCUGCGCGGCCGCCGAACAUGUCGAUUGGGGACAUUUCGGUUGUGCCGGUCAAGGCGACGAUGCGGAUUCGGCGCAGGAAUGUGAAGGCGUAGUGUUAGAGGGUGAUGAGAAUCUGUAGAUUGUCUGUAUGUACACCGAUAAACAAGGCUGGAUCCUCACAUGCUUCACGUUGAGUUGGAGGCUAGGGUUGAUGUGAUGGAGGAGGGGAAGGGCAGGUGCUGAGUGAUGCGUCAUGACCAGAACGAUUCUGGCAGUUGGAUUGCGAGUCCGCCUACACGCAUAGCUUUCAAAGUCUCACUUGAAUGCGGAGAGAGAUGUCCCUCAAGACCAGAAGCAUUGGAUUUGGUGAUGAGGCUCUCAAUAAGAUGUCUGUCGAGUUCAAGAAAUCAAGUCUCAGUGAUCGCGUGGCGUCAGCGUGGUGAGUCAGCGUCGACUUGCAUAGAUCUUUCAGCCGCAAUCAUGCGCGGGCGCCCCAAAAUCUCUCCAAAUCGACUACCAUGGCCACCGUGCCGCCGCCAGGAAAAUUCGUUAUCGGAUCGCGGGGCUCACAGCUGGCGCGGGCGCAGACGCACAUCGUGCUGAGCCUGCUGCGCGCGCUGCCCGGCGCCACCCCGGAGUUUGCGACGUCUUUCAUGACGACCGCGGGCGACAGAGACGCCUCGCAGGUGGUGUACCUGCUGGGCGGGAAGGACGCGUGGACGAAGGACCUCGAGGUCGCGCUGCUCGAGGGUGCGAUCGACAUGAUCGUGCAUGCGUGCAAGGACGUCCCGACGACGCUUCCGCAGGGCUGCAUCAUCGGCGCGGUGCUGCAGCGUGAGGCUCCUGUGGACAGUCUGGUCGUCAAGGCGGGGAAGGACUGGAAGACGCUGGAGGACCUGCCCCCCGGGAGCGUUGUGGGGACGAGCAGUGUGCGCCGCGUCGCCCAGCUGAGGAGAAAGUUUCCCGAUCUUCAGUUCCUAGACGUGGUGUGUACCCCCGCUGUCUCCCGCCACAACUGCACACUCUGAUCCCCUGUGCUAGCGUGGCAACUUGUGCGUAUCCCUAGCCUGCUCUCCCCGCCAGCAUCGCUGAUCCCUCUCACAGAGACACGCGCGUGGCGAAACUCGACGCGCCGGACGGCCCGUACGACGCGCUCAUCCUCGCCAAAGCCGGGAUGCUGCGUGUCAACAUGGGUCACCGCCUGACCUGCGACGUCGGCCCGCCAACGCUCUUCCCCGCCGUCGCGCAGGGCGCCAUCGCCGUCGAGAUCCGGGACACCGACUCCGCCGCGCGGCGGCUGUGCGAGCAGAUCACGGACCGGCACACCCAGUGGGCUGUGUACGCGGAGCGCGCGUGUCUGCGGCUGCUCGAGGGCGGCUGCAGUGUCCCCGUCGGUGUCUACACGCAGCUGGACCUUGAGAAGGGCGAGUUGGAGCUGACUGGAUGCGUUACCGCUCUGGAUGGGCUGAGACACGUGCAGCGUUCCUUUAAAGGACCUGUUGCAAAUCUCAAAGACGCACAACGAGUGGGCGAAAGUCUGGCUCGCUCGCUCAUAGAGAACGGCGCCGGUGCUAUCCUCGAUGAAAUCAAGGGAGAUCGAGCAAAAAUCGUCGCCUCAUGAAGGGAAAGGAAGCUGCUGGUAAUCAAUGUAUGCUAGGUAGUUGACUCUAAAAUCGUCCGGAC